AUGUCGGGCAUGAAGACGCGUCCCGGCGUGGUGAACGGGCAGCGCGCCGACUACUUCAAGGGCAGUGCGGCCGUCAAGGCCGUGCUCUCGCCCGAAUACAAGAAACUGAAAAACGUGCCGCAGGUCGAGACGGAAGAGGAGGCAGAGCGAAUGCUGCAUAGCCUGCUUCCUUUUGCGUUCUUUCUGCGCGUGGAGCGCGGCCCUGCGCCGCCCAGUACCUCCAAGGACCACGCCGCGCCGCGUCCCCUCAAGGUGAUCCACAUGCAAAUGUUUGAGAAGGAUAUGCACUAUGUGUGGCUCUACGAGGGCUCGCAGCUUUGGCAGCGCCUCGCCGGCCUGGGGCUGAUUGCGCUCCUGCUUGCUGCCGUCAUGUUCCCACUGUGGCCCAUGUUCCUCCGCCGUGGUGUGUAUUACCUGUCGCUUGGCGUGCUGGGCCUGUUUGGCCUGCUCAUGGUGAUUGCAGUGUUGCGCCUAAUCUUUUGGGUGAUUUCGAUCGUGGUUGUGCCGCCUGGCAUCUGGAUCUUCCCGAAUCUGUUUGCGGAUGUCGGUGUGAUUGAGUCGUUCAUCCCGCUUUGGGCCUGGGAUGUGCCGCCGCCCAAGAAGAAGAUUCGCCGCACUAAACGGAAGGGCAAAAAGGGCGAGGAGGUCGUGGAGAUGGAGGACACACCCAGCGCACCUCCGCCACCCACAGAAGAGGCCUCUGUGGAGCCGACACCUGAGCCCUACGCAGACCUGAACUGA